UGAUCAGCGAGCGGGUCCCAUGCGUAGCAAUAGCAGCAGCUGCCGCUCGUAGCAGGAGGCGGGGCAUUCCGUGUUUCCACACUGCACGGCGCUGCGCCUCUUCGCCUGCGCGCUUUCUCUCUCUCCCCAUCCUCCUGCGCUCGCUUUUGGCUGAGACACUGUUCCUGGCCUCCUGCGCUCGUUCUGCCAUCGCAAAGAAGCGCCUGCGCCCUUCUUCAGGAUGGUGAUCGUGGUCUUCAUCGCUUCUUCAUCAGGUUCCACAGCGGUAAGGAGAAGCCAGCGGCUCCUGCUCCCCUCCCUCGCCCAGAAGCUCUUCUCCUUCCUAACUUUCCGCCACCCCUUUGUACUGAAGGAAAGUUGCAGCAGCAGGCUCCUUGCCUUCCCUCUCUCCCGUUUCCCCCUACAGUACUGCGAUCUCUUACAUUCAGGGCAUUUCCGCAUUUUCCUUCCUUAUUUCUUUUAUUUCCUCUGCUCGGUUACAAAAAAUAUGGGCUGGGUGGCUUUUGCAAAUUGUAGCAAGCAAUUUGGGACAAUCUUUAGCAGGGUUUAUUUUAUCUUCCAUUUUAUGAUGGGGUGGGGGGUGGGGCAACCCUAUGUAUUAUCGGCAUCUUCAAGGCUGACAUGAGUAUGAUCCUAAGCAAUCUUACUCGGAGGCAAGCUCCGUUGUGCUCAGUGCAACUUCCUGCCCUUACUGUGGCAUCAGCUUUCAUAGUAUGAGAAGCUGAGACUAUGAAAGCUGAUGCCACAGUAAGGCAACUCUCUGUGCUUGAUUACCUGGUGGGUAUUUUCCCACUGAAAACAACUGGAUUGAUUCAUGAGAAAACAUGCAGUAGGAUUGUUUUUCUCUUCAGUUGCCACAAAACUCUUGACAGUGCAAUUGUUAUGUACAUGUUUAUAGACAUCUCAGAAGUUCCAUUAAUUUCAUUUUGUCUUGCUCCCAGGUAAAUGGGUAUGCAGCUGCUGUCUACAGCUGCCAAAGCAACACAUGGAUCCUCUUCUGGAAUUUAAUUCCCAUUGACUUUAAUAGGAUUUGCUUCCAGUGAAGCAUACUUGGAUAGUGCUCUUUAGUCUUCAAAGUUCUUUGCAAAUACCCUUGAGGAAGGAGUACUCUAAUCUGUAAUGAUUACUUUGCAUGCUCCAGUACUGAAUCCUAGUAUUCAAGACUGCUUCUGCUUGCUUAGGGUGGUCCUUCCAGUCCCCAACUUUUAAUUUUUUUUUAUUGUAUUGAUUUGUCACAGAUAUAUGUACAAACACGUAACCAUGUAAGUACUGUACUUGUCUGAGAUAACUUGUUUGCAACCUAGCAAGUUAUUCACUAAUAAAAGCUUAAAAGUGGAGUAAACAGGGUAGACUUCUGCUGCAUUUGGUGAUUCAUGGGUCGCAGCAGCAAGUCAUCUUUUGCUUACCUAGAAAGGGCUUAAACUGCACCUUCAGACCUUCUGCCUACAAAACUGUUUAGCUGGAAUGUAUGAAGGCAUAAUGUGAGUGCAUCUUAGCAUGUACAGAGUGCCUUUCCUUUACAUUCGAGUAGCAACCACCAACUUCCAUGUUCCUGGGGUUAGGCAAAACUGUACCUAGGGAAAGAAUGGGUUUCAGUUCUCAUUCUUUUCCCUUUUUGGCAAAAGCACUUUUAUUUCAUGGAGAUUAUCCAGGAGGUAAGCAUCCAUUUAAUCCACUUAACACCACUCUUCAGGCUUGUCCUGCUGUUCAGAAUACAAAGGCUCAGAUUUCCCCCUCUGGUAUAGAAAUUAAGCAUUAACCUCCCCCAUGUUCCUUUCCUGUUUCGUUUCUUCCCUUUUCAGUAUCCAGUUCCACAAUCUUGGAUGCUCAUGUUUUUAUUACAUUUCUAUAUGACCUCCCUUCAAAGGGGGUGUGUGCAUGUGUGUGCGUGCAUGUAUAAAUCUUGUUAUUCUCCAGACAUGGCUUGUGUAACUUCAGAAAUAGAGUUAAAUCAGGUGCCUGAUUGUCAGGUGUGUAAAUCAGGUGUAGCCCCUGUGGCUUCGUUUGGACAAGGAAAUGGAGGGUCCUUUAAGAAGUAAAUUUGGUACCAAUAUGAUUUAGAACACAAUAUACUGUAUAUACUUGAGUAUAAGCCGACUUUUCCAGCACAUUUUUAAUGUUGAAAAAGCCCCCCUCGGCUUAUACUCGAGUGAAGUGGGCGGCAGUGGCCCACAAGGAGCCCCUUCAGGCUGUUCCUCCCUCCUCCGCUGUUGGCAGUGGCGGAGGAAUGAGCAGCCCGAAAGCAGCCAUUUCCGGCUGUUUGUUCUUCUUUCUCCGCCGCUGCCACCACCACCAGGUUUGUGGUGUGGUGAACCGGCUUAUACUUGAAUCAAUACAUUUUCCAGUUUUUUGUGCUAAAAUUAGGUGCCUCGGCUUAUAUUCGGGUUGGCUUAUACUCGAGUAUAUACGGUACCUUGGUUCUAAGCUCUGCUUGGCCACUAAGUUCAAUGGGUAGCUUUGUACAGUACCAGUCUCUGCCUACCUCACAGGGUUGUUAGGAGGAUAAAGUGGGGAAAUCCCAUAAAUGUCCCCACUCCCACUCUUUGAAGGAAGGAUCGAAUGCAAAUACAGUGGUGCCUCGCAAGACGAAAUUAAUUCGUUCCGCGAGUUUUGUCGUCUUGCGAUUUUUUUCGUCUUGCGAAGCACGGUGUCGGGAAAGUUUUGGAAAAGCUUCAAAAAUCACCAAAGUCUUUAAAAACCUCAAAAAGGCUACCAUACCGCGUUCUAUGAGUUGCUCCUCGAAGUCAAGUCGCAACUGUAUUAACGGUGUUAAGAAAAGGAAACAAACUUGCGAGACGUUUCCGUCUUGCGAAGCAAGCCCAUAGGGAAAAUCGUCUUGUGAAGCAGCUCAAAAAACAAAAAACCCUUUCGUCUAGCGAGUUUUUUGUCUUGCGAGGCAUUCGUCUUGCGAGGUACCACUGUAAUAUGACAAAGAACCUGAAUAUAACUAGGAUAAAAUAAAGCCUUCAACAAAAUGUUGCAGUGUGGAAUGAUUCUGCUUAGGAUGUUCCAUUUCAUCCUUUCCCUGUUUACUGAAGAUGUUUGUACUAGCUGAAACCUUGGGGUUCCCUGAACCUGUUUAUAACCUCCCACUAAUGCAUGGAUUCUGCUAUUUCGGGUGCAUAAGGACCCAGCGCUUGGAAAAUUUAGAGCAUUCUUAGUGUAUGAUUAUAACUCUCGGGCUCCAGUACAAGCUGGCUUUUAAAAAGAAAUUCCCAACUUGAAAUGUACUUGUGGCAGAUCUGCCAUGUGAGUGGCCCAUUCUAACCACAAAGCACCAUUUUGUAUGCCAGGGAAGGCUUUCUUAAAGUGCAUCCUAGGAGCUCCUUUGUAAAAAAAAAAGUCAGACUGUUGGUUCAUCUUGCCCAGUAGCGUCAACUUCUGUUAUAGACAGCAAUUAAGGUGCUUCCCAUAUUAUUUUCCACUGACCUUUUAAACAAUAGAAGCUGUGGACUGAAUUUUGUGUUGUCACUGGACAAUGGCCUAAUCAAUGCAGAUCCACAGAGAUUUGAACUCAAGAGUGCUGAUUUUGGAAUCCAGAGUUUACUAGCCUUUGCAUCAUGGAACCAACAACAUUUGAGAGUGCUGUGCAGCUGAGGUAAUCCAUGGUCUGGCUUGUCAUUGCAUCUGAAACCUGGCUGAUGGGUUCUUUCCCACAAACAAGCCAUGAUCCGUAAGCCCAGAGCAAACCUUGGUUACAGCUCAUCGUCCUCUUGGAGAAAAAUAAUAAAAGAGUCUGGGUUUGGAUUUAAUGCUAAGCCAAACAGUGGCUUAACUCUCACCAGGAGUGCAGGGGAAGCUCACUUUUGAACCACAGUAGUUAAGUUUAAUGUGAUGUGUGAGCCAGACCUUGCAAAAAUGAAGGUGCAGCCUUUAUGUAGCAAGACAGAAUCCAGUAUACACUGGAACUUCGGGCAGUUCAGUUUCUUGUGGAUAAUAUUGCAGAAUAACUGACGAAAUGACUGUACAGUUAUAUGGGGGGGGGGGGAGCCUGUGCAUGUGGCAAACACUCAUAAGGAAGUGGUGAAAUAGUUGCACCAGUUUUUACAGCACUUCUGAGGUGGAUUUGGAUUGUUUCUUUAUUCUUGCAUUGUGACUUCAGAUGUUUACCAAGCAGCAGGAUGCACCUUCUUCUAAAUCUAAAGAAACCCAUCAGCAGAGUGACUUGGAGACCACCCACCCAGCUGUGUUGGAACAGCUGAAUCUCUGAUCAACUUCUGCCUAAAUGGUUAGAACAUUUAAACGCUGGUAAUGCAGUUCUUCUUGCUGCCUGCUCCCACCCUGCUGAGUUCUGAUGUGAAAGACCACUCAGUCAGCUCCUUCCUACAUGUUGUGACCACACUUGCCAUACUAUGCACAAUUCUGAUUGCCCCACUUAAAAAAUAAUAUUGUAGACUGGAAACAGUGUUAGAAAAUAGUGAGAUGCCAAGCGCAUUUUGUACUUGGCUAUUGACCAUUUGCAACCAAGUGAAGAUGUCUGGGUGCCACCGUUUCCAUCAUCUGGAGGUCAUUGGAUCUGGAAUGUUUUCACACACUAGCAACACAUCCUGUAGAAUUCUAUCAGUUAUAUUUUAUCUGCACAAUCAGAAUGAAUUUCUGGAACCAAACUGCUUUUUCUGUGCAGUUAGAGCAGGAGCAGUCCAGAAUAGGCCAAUAUGUGUGUGGACUGUCCCUGGAUCAAGGGACUUUUUAAGUUCUCAAAGUUCUUGAGCUAGCUCAAGGUUGUCAUCUGAACUAGCCAGAUGUUUAACUGAUAAUCAAUAGCAGUUAGUUCAUUGUUUGAAAAAUAAGACUUCAGAGCUGUCUUACUCCAAAAUGUCAACUAGACAUUCCAUUUUGGCAACUGUUAAGGAACCAUUUGGUGCCUAUAUUGGAAAAGGUGCAGAAAGGUAAAUGUAGGGAUGUUACAAGAUUUGGUGCUUUUUAGUUAACGGGGAAAACCGAGUACAGUGGUACCUUGGUUUUAGAACAGCUUAGUUUAUUAAACAACUUGGAAAUAAAACGCUGCAAACCCAGAAGUCGGUGUUCCAGUUUGUGAACUUUGCCACCUGCUUAAUAAUACAUGGAGACAUAAAGUGAAGCUGGAUGUUGGAAAAUUCAGGACAAGCAAAAGAAACUACAUCUCACAGCACCCAGUUUAACUGUGGGAUUUGCUCCCACAUGAUGUAGGGAUGGCCACCAAGAUGGAUGGAUUUGAAAGAGGAUUAGACAAAUUCGUAAGAAGAUAAGGUUGUCAGUGGCUAGUAGCUAUGAUGACUCUGAAUACCAGCUGCUGUGAAAUGCCAGUGGGGGGAAUGAUUUAAUAAUAAUAAUAAUAAUAAUAAUUUUUAUUUAUAGCCCGCCCUCCCCAGCCAAGGCCGGGCUCAGGGCGGCUAACAAGCAAUAAUAAAAACAAGUUGAAUGAAUACAACUUAAAAACAAGAUUAAAAUACAACAAUUAAAAUAUUGAAACAUGAAAAUGUUAAAAUGCAGCUUCAUCACAGGAGUAGAAAGGUAAAAGAAAAAAGAAAGAGAGGGAGGGAAUCAAAUUGGCUCCAAGCCAAAGGCCAGGCGGAACAACUCUGUCUUACAGGCCCUGCAGAAAGAAAUCAGAUCCUGCAGGGCCCUGGUCUCAUGAGACAGAGCGUUCCACCAGGCCGGAGCCAGAGUUGAAAAGGCCCUGGCUCUGGUUGAAGCCAAUCUAACUUACUUAGGGCCAGGGACCACUAGGGUGUUGCUAUUUAUGGACCAUGAGGCUCUCCGUGGGGCAUACCGGGAGAGGCAAUCCCGUAGGUACGAGGGUCCUAGGCCGUGAAGGGCUUUAAAGGUCAAAACCAGCACCUUAAAUCUGACCCUGUACUCCACCGGGAGCCAGUGCAUCUGGAAAAGCACUGGGUGAAUAUGCUCCCAUGGCAGAGUGAUUUUGUACUCAGAUCCUGUUUGUGGUCUUCCUAUUGACAUAUGGUUGACACAGGACUGGCCUAAGACAUUUUGGCACCUGAGGUGAACCACAAAAUGGCACCUCUCUCCUCGCCAUGGAAAAAGAAGUGAGGGAAGAUCUACAUCAGGAACAAGGGGGUGGGAUUUUGACAUCAGGAUAUGCUGCCUGGUGAAUCCUGCCGCCUGAGUCAGUUGCCUCACCUUGUCUCAUGGGUGGGCCGGCCCUGAAUAUAGAUCUACAUCAGGAUCUGCUGCACUUGUGCCUCUUGAGUCAGGUCGCCUCACUUUGCCUCGCGGGUUUGCUGGCCCUGUGCAUGGCUAUAAGUGACAUUGCUAAAAUGUUGCUUUUAGCAAGAAGGAGCUUACGGUGUAGGUAUUUUUCUUAUGGUGGCAAUUGUUGCUAACACUUGAUCUCAAAAAUCAUAGCAGAGAUUAGUUUUGUUAGGGAAAAUUCACACUAAACAUCUUGCUGCAAGAAUGUCUUAAAAUGUAUGGUGUGGACGUGAUCAAAGCAAUAUUUGAAACUUUGCAAAACUUUUUGAGUUUUGCAAUGCAGUUCUCCAGCCAAGUAAUGCAUUAAAAAGUGCAUAUACUGUGGUAAAGUGCAUAAGCAUGCCUAUAUUGGUGAAUUGGUGAAAAUUGUGUUGCAUUAAGGAAAUGUGAUUGCAAAAACGUGUAUAUUGGGAGAAAUUUAUACUAAAAUGAGAACUUUUCAUGAGAACUUUUUUUUUUUAAUAAUUGAUGUAGAAAUGCAGAGAACUGAACUUAAGAAUGGGAAAACAAGAAAUGGAAGAGAAACAGAGUUGUCAGAUUCUCCCAUCCCUAGAUGAGUGUUGUAAUCCAGAAGUAUCUUCAGGGCCACAGGUUCCUCAUUCCUGGUCUACAACACCAACCAUGUUUGUGGUUGCAUGUGGAUAACACCAAUAAUAAAACUCAUUGAAAAACAAAUCCAAAGAAAAUGGCUCCCUCCAUUGCCAUUUGGAAAUGCUUGGUGAAUCAGUCAAAUUUGGAUCUUAGGUGGCAGCCUAAGAUCAGGGUCUUUCCUUAUGGAAAGCCUCAUAAAUUCAGUUCCCCAUGGUGACUGCUCCUGCCCCAGAUCGCUAAUGUAAAGUUUUCCUCUGAGUUCUGUGCAAAGUACAGUACAGAGGAAUUUGUUGAUUUUGCCAUUUCUGCAAAUUGGGAGAAUUGAGCUGAUUCUGAACCCAAUGUCAGUGGUUUGUAAUACUUGUUAAUUGAACAAAUACUUGUUAAUUGAACAAGCUAAAUGUAAGAGUAACCCCAGGAAGUUUCAAUGUUUAGUUUAAUUUUGAUUGCAUUUUAAACAGCGUGUAUAUUCAUGUUGCGUGUAUGUCUGUGUUAAUAAGACAUUGUAUUAUAUUUGCAGUGGCCUGUGGCCAGUGUGGGAAACUUUGACCUUCCAGAUGUUGCUAAACUGCAACUUCCAUCAUCCCUGACCAUUAGUCAUGCUUGCUAGGGGAUGGCAGUUGUAGUUUAGCAACAUCUGGAAGGUCAAAGUUUCCCACACUGCAGAGGUCUCUGGAGUGGAGAGGCUCUUUUUGCCUAGUUAAUACUGGAAAUUCGAUAAGUUGCGUGAAUCUCUGUCAUUGCUUCUGAGAUCUCUCCCAACACAAAGUGCAAAUUUGGAUGGAUUCCUGCUUUUGCUUUCUUUGUCUAAAACCCAUCAAGAAAUGAGAGCAAAGACUCUGUGUGCUCGUCAAAGGACUUUAAUGGAGGGGUUGGUUCCAUAAAUAUCAAACUUUAUGGGCCCCGGGACCCAAUUCUCUUUCGAAUUUGGAAGGAAAACUUGUACACAUUUUGAAUAAGCGAGAUCGGACCACUUGAAUAGAGUUUAUGGUAUAACAAGAGCAUGGGAACAGCAUAUGUUUUUGUUGAUGUUUUUUUUAAAAAAACCUUUCCUCUUAUGCAGCCUGCUGAUAAUGCACUUCAUAUAUAGGUCAUGCAGUUUAGGCUUUUAUAUAGGCUAUUAUGUCACCCCCUCCUCAGGGGGGGAGACUGCGCACAACAAAAGGGAUCCCACAGCAGAGAUUACUUUUAACAGCUCAAGACACUGACAGUGGCUUUGAGUGCUAUAGCAAGUGUGUGCUAGCAUCCAUGUGCAUGGACUUUGCCAUGGACAAUUGGUGGUGCUUAUUUGUAAUAAUCAUAAAGGAUAUGACGUAGGGUAUAUAUCUGUGCACUGCUAUGGUUUGCCAGAAGCAGCUUAGUCAUGCUGGCCACAUGACCCGGAAGCUGUACACCGGCUCCCUCGGCCAGUAAAGCGAGAUGAGUGCCGCAACCCCAGAGUCACCCACAACUGGACCUAACGGUCAGGGGUCCUUUUACCUUUAUAUAGGAAUCUAUAGCCUGGGCAACUUUUCAUAUGUGAGUCCCAUUGCAUACUACAAAGCCAGGUGCCUCUAGUCAACUGCAUGCAGCUGCUGAUGUUUGUUUGUAAUGACGAACAUUAGUCUUUCAGUACAAACAAAAUGCCACCUCUAACGACUGGACAACAUGCAAAGAAUACUUUUUCUGAACAGCGAGGCAUGGUACAAACCAAAUAAACAAAUGUGAAGCAAUUGAGGAUAAAUGAGCACAUUUUGGGGGGUGGGGGUUGUUAUUGUCUAGUUCAGGCAUCACCAACCUUUUUGUGCCUAUGGACACAUUUGGAAAUUUGAGAACAUUCCGUGGACAGCAGUCACAUAAUGACUGUCAUGGGAAGGGUGGUGGUGGCGGCAUUGAGCACUGUAGGGGUGUGACAAAACAAAGAAAUCGCCGCUAUUGGAUUUUGGCAUAAUGCAAAAUGAUUGCUGCAUCUAAAAUAGUGGGGAAAUCCAAGCACAAAAUGGUGCAGCCAUGAUACAGCUGUCCCAUCAAUAGGGAUAAAAGAUCACCAGUGCAGUCACUCACAGAGCGAAGUUCUUUGCACCUCUGCUCUGGAUAGGGAGGGUAGGCACUCAGUCUUGGCACCAAGUGGCACGUGGGCAUUUUUAAGGAGAUGUGUUCAAUGUACGAGAGGCUGAGGCAGUACAAAGCACUGAUUCUUGUGCCCUGUGGAUUUAGAGGGGAUAUAGACCUUUCAGGGUUUCACAGAAGUACCAGCAGCAACAUUUCCCCUCAGUUAGCAGCCUCUAGUGUGGUUUCUGCUCCUUUGAACAUGGUUUUUACUAUUGGUGGUGAUCUCUCCCCCUGCACCCAUACAGUGGUACCUCGGGUUAAGAACUUAAUUUGUUCUGGAGGUCCGUUCUUAACCUGAAACUGUUCUUAACCUGAAGCACCACUUUAGCUAAUGGGGCCUCUCGCUGCCGCCACGCCGCCGGAGCACGAUUUCUGUUCUCAUCCUGAAGCAAGGUUCUUAACCCGAGGUACUGUUUCUGGGUUAGCAGAGUCUGUAACCUGAAGCGUCUGUAACCUGAAGCGUCAGUAACCUGAAGCAUCUGUAACCUGAAGCGUCUGUAACCCGAGGUACCACUGUACUUUAAAAAUAUUCUCUGGAAGUAGUCCUGAUAUUCUGACUGGAUGAAUGUUUUGCCCAGUGAAAUGACCCAGCAGAACAAUGACUUAACACAAAAUAAAAACCCUAACAAAUGAUUAGCUAAGGCAUUUGGCACAGAUUCCAGUUUUCCUUCUGGGAGGCAAUCUGCCAGUCACACCUUUUAAGUAUGAUUUCUGUUUCUUCCCCUUCCUUCUGUUGGGUGUGGUCUCCCAUGUUUCCUCAGUCCUUUUCAAGGCAUGGCUUAAUCCUGCAGGGUACAGUCUCCUUAUAAAGUUCCCACAGGUUAUUAGGGUCCAGAAGAGCCAUUUUAAAACACACACCAAUAAAUAUUUACAGACUUAAACCCAUAAUCUUUAUUGUUCCUGAGAUGCAGAGGGGCAAUAUAAUGUGAUCAGUCUGGUACUAAAUCUCAUUUGACAAACUCACUCAGGCUUAAGGGCUAAUGCCACAACAUUCAGAGUUCUGUCUCCCAUGCGCAGCAGGUGAGGCUGUGCACCACAUUGUGUUUCCAGGGAAGAUUAAGGAUGAUAAAGAGACAUUUCCUUUCUGGAGAAGCAACCUCCCCUUCCCCCGCCCCUGAUCAAGGGUCACAGUACUCAGGACUGGUCAAGUUAUUUAUUUCUGUGCACCCCACCUUUUCAAUUAAGGAAUUCAAAGCAGCAAAUACAACCCCUUUUCCCCAAAUAUUUUUUUACCAUUGCAACAACCCUGCAAGGUAGCUUGAGCCAAGUAAUAGCAGCUGACCCAAAGCCAGCUAGUGAGCUUUGUGGCUGAGUGGGAAUUUGAACCUGAGAAAUCCCACAGGUACCUCUCACUGCAAGUAAAAAAAUUAAAUCAGUAACCUUUUCUUGCCCUUUCAUGGUACUCAAAACCACCAGCUGCACUGGCUUCCUCACUCUGCCCAACGAUAGGAACAGCUCUAAGGUACCUCCCCUACUUCACUUGAUACGUAUACUGUAUAUAUAUUUCUGGUCAUUAGCAGGAUAAUGCAAAUGACCAAACUGGGGUGGGUGAAGCAGAGAGAUAAAGAGACAGAAAUAGUUGUUCCAGGUAGUUCCAGGCAUACCAAGGUAAAUUCCCACUUGGUAAAUAACUUCGUUGAUGGCAAGCAGGGCAAUGUUAACAAUGGCUAAACAAUGAAGCUAUUGUUUUGUCAUAGAUUUGUUUAAACUGUGUGAUAGUUCCUGCUAAUCCUUUUAUUAGCAUGUGUGAUGGCUAAUUAAGUCAGACCCUGUGUGCUGGACAGAGAUCCUUAAUUCUUUGAAAUCAACAUGGGUUCAAAGGUAAUGGAGUCAGCCUAAUUUCCUUUGAGGUGAGAGCCUGGGGGGACUGAGCACAACAAGGCAUCAAAUAACUAGGUGUGAGAAUACAGAUGAGCAGGGCCUCUCUCCUAAAACCAGGGCUUAGUAUAGCAAGGUGAGAACAGGUGAGAUGUAGCUUUUCUUGGGCUGGGAUUGGGGAAGCAAGCUGCAAGGCAGGGAUGCUGCUGCCUUUGGAAAGCUGGCGCUGCCUGGGACAAGAUGCUUGGAACCACCCUCCCACAGGAGGCUAUGGUUGUAAAUGUGUGUAAACAAACCAUAUAUCAUAAAGACACCAUAAAGACUGUGUCCCCUUGUCCAAAAGUGAACACAGACUCUGGGUUAAGGCACACCUGCAAACCUUGGAAUCUUGCACCGCUUGGAGAUUGAGGUGGCGCAUAGCAGUAUUGUGCUAGGGAAAGUAAAGCAGCAGAUGCUGGGAACCUUGCAGAAUGGCCGAGUCCUGGCUCAAGGCUUGGUGUGAAGGGUGAUGUCUGUUUCAUAAGGUCCAGAAGGCUGGUGCCCCUUGCUGGCUCAAUCAGCCCUUGAUCUGCCUGGCUCAUUGUCUUCUCUGCUCCUGCUAUGGCCCUAGGACUGGGAUGGGGAAUCUCUUGUCCGGGAGCCAGAUUUGGCCUUCCAGGCGUCUUUGUCUGGCCCUUGGGACUGUCCCCAGACCACACCACUCACUGGCCCUAAUUUGCACCCUGAGUGUUUUUGUCAGCUAGAAUGUGUUUGUAUUCUGAGGGGGCAGUACAAGAGUCGGCUGGAAGCCCAGGUAGAUGGUGUGGGGACCUCCAUUCCUGGGGUAGGAAAACCCAGAUCCCAUGGUUUCAGAGUUAUUGGCAGAGUCUUCUGGGCAGAUCUUGCUCCACAUCAUGUUUGAGGUCUGCGCAGAGCUGAACCAUGGCGGGCCACAGCUGCAUUCACCCUAGAUCUGCAAAUACAGUACAGACAAGCAUCUUCUGUUGUGUUUUGGUUCUGAAAUCCUUUCAUGACAAGGGUUAAGGACCUUUUGGUUCUGAAACUUGGGCCACAUCUGCACCAUACAUUUAAAGCACUGCAAUACCUUUUAAACAUUUAGUCCCUCUUUGCCUGCAACUCUGGAAAUGGCAGCUCUGUGAGGGGAAUAAGAGACUUCUAACAACUCUAGGCACCCUUACAAAACUACAUUUCCCUGGAUUCUUUGGGGGAAGCUGUAACCAUUAUAGUGAUAUCACUGUGUUGUAAAUGUGAGACUUUUUAGAUCUCCACCUCUGAUGUUGUGGUUAGAUAUUAGAGGUUCUUGAAAUAAACAUUGCUGCUUAUUUCUUCCAUUCUGCUGCUGCUGUUUAGUUUGAAUUUGGGUGCUAAUUUGGGUGCUAUCAUUUAAGCUUCAAGAGCUACCAUUUAAUGAAAAUGUACAUGCAUUGUUUAAAUCUGCCUUAAACAUUUUCUUAAAGAAAGCUCAGGAAAGGUGGGCUGAUCAUGAGAUUUUGGUAAUACUGGGUAGCAUUACUACCUAUUACUGAGAUACAGCUGUGCCUGAACAAUAUCUAUAAAUGUGGGUUAGGUCAGUAUAUUUUUUUUCUGAAAGGCAUUCAUUGUUCCAGUGACAGUACAGAAAUGCACAGCAACCAGCCUUUGGGGAAACAUAGUUAUUUUAAUGUCUCUGACAAGUUUCCUGGCAGACCUAAGCAAACAGCUGAGUUAAAAUCCCAGCUUUUAGAUCCCUUAAAAUGCCAUUUACUAUAUCUGUUGUUGCGAGAUCUUGAUUUCUGAGUAACAACAGUUGUACAACACUACUCAGGACAGUGUGGAAAUGGAUAUAUGUGCUUCCACAGAACUAUUAAGAAACUCUCUUUUAAUUUCAAUUGUCUUAUCAGGUUCUGGGACUCUUAAAAAAAAUAUACAACCCUCAAGGAAUUUUUACUACAUGAUAACCGUCUCUCCCAUUGCAUAUACACCCAGCCCUCAUUCUAAAGUUCCCCUGGUUCACUGGAAAAUCCCAGUAGCAAGUAGGCUACAAAUGUGGAAACCUGUGGCCCUCCAGAUGUUGUUGGAUUUAAGUUCCUAUCAGCAUCAGCUAGGGUGGCGAAUGAUUGCAGUUGAUGGGAGUUGUCCCCUAGCAACAUCUGGAGUGCCACAAGUUCCACAGGCCUGCCUAGAGGGGAAAGGUUAAAUCAAGGGUUCAUAGUCUGACCACACUUUCCAUAAGUUGCCUUGUGUGAGAGUUACACCUAGGUCCCCAGCAGUCUAAGUUCUGCACUACCAGCUGCUCCUUCAGGACAGCUCAGACCUUCAUUUUUAAAUGUUAAGGCUCUAGAUCAGUGGUGGCAACGUAAGGCCCAUGGGCCACAAGCAGCCCAUGGGGGUCAUUUAACCAGCCCACAAGCUGCCCCCAAACCGAGUCGCCCGCUCGGCAAGUCCCCACCUGCUGCGCUGAACCAGCGCAGCGUGGGGACUCACUUCCGCGGUGCCAGAAAUCGCAUGUGCAAUCUGGCCCACGGAGAGAUCUCCACUGGAGUGAACCGGCCCAGGCGAGGUAAACCUUGCCAACCCCUGCUCUAGGUGGAUGCCGUGACUUUUAAAAAAUGUGAUAACCAAAUGGCCUGGGCCAAGCCAGAAUCCCCAGAACACAAUGGGGAUGUAGUAGACAAUGUGAAGGCAAACUUAUAGCUGUGUACAUAUUCCUUUGCUGAACUUUUAAAGUAGUGGAUGGAUAACCCAUCAUGUUCAGCGAAUGCCCUCCAGCAAUUGUUGAGGUUUUAUGUGGUGUUUAUUUUGGACUAGGCAAAAAGCCAUUUCCAAGCAUGUAAAAGUCAAACAUGGUUUGGCUGAAUUUCAGAGACUGCCAAAGGGCAGACUCUUUUCACAUUGAAAAGCAGUAAUUGGGGUUAUGGCUAUGAUGAUUUGGGAGGUGCUCAGUGCUUUAAAAAGAAGCAGGAGGUCGCUGGAAGACAUCCUUUUGAAACCUGAUAACAGUUUGCCACAUUGCAUUGCAGACGGAAGUUAGUUGUUUUGACCGAAGCGUAUGCUUGUUUUAUUUCUUCUUCUUUUUUAAAGUGCUUUUUUCCAAGCAUAUGUUUUAAGGAGAAGAACAAUGGCUUGUCUGAUGCUGGGUUCUGCAGCGGCAACAUGCAAACUCAAAAGGCACAGCCACAAAAAAUAAAUUAAAAAAAUCAGGUUUUCUAGAUCUUCUGAUUUCAAAGUCAGGCAUAAAGUUAGCAAUUCAGCUUGAAAUUGGGGGGGGGUGGGUGGAAAUGGGUAAGAUGACCAAGCAGGGCACUUGGCCCCACCUAACCAGAUAGAAAGCAUUAUUGAAGGUAGAAUUAUAGCACAUAGAGAGGAACCAGCAUGGCUUCUGCAAGCAGUGGCAGACUUGGGUACUAUGGUGCAAAAUUGGGCAUUCUUCCACCCCACCCCAGUCUUUGCGCUACUUUCCCAAAGGUGGGUAAGGAGGUACCUGGCUUCGUGAAAGAGGCACAAAGACUCUGGCAGGGACCUAGAACCCUCCCAUCUCCUUCCCCAAGCUGGGAAAGUGCUAGCUAGGCUUUGGAACAGAGGCGGAAGGACCCUAGGACCCUGUCAGAGCCUCACACCUCCUACCCAUAGCCCAGCACCUAGCUCACUCUGCUUUGAGAUGGCAUCCCCUUGGAUCAGUGUACAACCCUAAAUCUGCUCCAGCUGUAAGGCUAGUCUAACUAACGAGUCUGUCUAACUAACGAGUGUUUCUCAAACUUGGGUUCCCAGCUUUUGUUGGAGUACAGGUAUAACCUUCCAUCAUCCGUUGCUAGCUGGACCAGUGGUCAGGGAUGGUGGGAAUUGUAGUCAUAACAGUAGCUGGAGACUCAAGAGACUCAAGCUUGAGAAACACUGAACACUUCUUUUGAGAGUGUUGACAAGCCUAUAAGUAGAGGUGAUCCAGUCAACACUGUGUAUUUAAACUUUGAAAAAGCUGUUGAUUAAUCACCACCCUGAAAGACUCCUGAUAAGCUUAGCAGUCAUUGAGUGGGUUGGUGGGGAAGAACAGGUCAUCUUAUACAUCAGUAAUUUUAACCACUAACUUGUUUAAGAAAAAGUAGAGAGCAGGGAUCAAUGGGCAGUUCUCACAGUGGAGGCUUUUAAGAAGUGAGGUCCCUCAAGGAUUCAUAUUGGGACCAGUGCUUUUUAAGUUGUUCAUAAAUUAGUUUGGGUUGAGCUGCUUGGCAGCCAAGUUUACUGAUGACACUCAGUUGUACUGGAGGUAAGAACAGAAGGGCCUUGCAAAGAGCUCUGAAAUAAUCUUUUCAAAGUGCAUGAAUGGUAAUUAAAUUAGCAAAUGUUAUUCAAUUCAAGCAAGUGCAAAGUGACACAUACUAUUGCAGAAAAUAAAAUCCACGUAUACGCCUAUGGAGUCUGAACUGGUGGUGAGUGACUAGGAAUAAGAUCUUGGAUUCAUAGUUAGCUUGAUGAAAAUUGUGACCCAGUGUGUGGCAGCUGCGAAAAAGGUGAAGCCCAGGUAAGGAAUAAUUAGGAAACGGAUUGAUAAUAAAACUGCCAGUAUCACAACGUUGUUAAACAAAUGUUGGACACGCUUGGAAUACUGUGUACAGUUUGGGUUUGCUUCAUCUCAGAAAGCAUAUUGUGCAGCUGGAUAAGGUCCAGACAAGAGCAACUAAAACAAACACAGAAUAAAGAAUUAUGCAUGGUUUGGAGAAAGUGGAUAGAGAAGUUUUUCUUGCCCCUCUCACAACUAGAGUCAUCUAAUAAAGUUGAAUGUUGGGAGAGUCAGGACGGACAGAAGAAUGUAUUUGUCUGGGUUACGUGGUGGAAUUUUCUACCACAGGCCCAUGUUGGCAAGGGCCACCGACUUGAAUGGCUUUAAAAGGAGUAUAUUCAUGGAGGACAGGCAUCCCCAAACUCUGCCCUCCAGCUGUUUUGGGACUACAAUUCCCAUCAUCCCUGACCAUUGUUAGCUAGGGAUGAUGGGAGUUGUAGUCCCAAAACAGCUGGCGGGCAGAGUUUGGGGAUGCCUGAUGGAGGACAAGGAUUAUCAGUGACUACUAGUCAUGACCUCUAUAUAUUAGCUCCAGUAUCAGAGGUGGUAUGCCUCUGUAGACCAGUUGCUGAGAAUUACAAGUGGGGAAAAGUGUUGUUGCACUGAGGUCCUCCUCGUUAAUUUCCCACAGGCCUCUGCUUGGCCACCAGUGAUGCCAGAGUACCUGAGCCUCCAGUCUGAGCCCACAAGGAUGUUACAUUAUUGCAUUAACAUCUAGAGGGCACCAGGUUGCAGAAGGCUGUUCUGUGUAAACCUCUGGAUAGGAGAGCCUGAGGGCAAUUGAGGAUGGCAGUUUGGUUGAUGACUUAUUUGUGAGAUUCUAGAAGCAAUUAUCUGGAUGCCUUAGAAAUAGAAUUCUGAACUAGGUGAAUUUUGCCAGGAAGAUGACACCAGACAUCAGCAGCACAGGACCUGUAAGUUAAAUUUCAUUUAAAAGUAGGUAUUGUGAGAGAGUAAGUUGCUCUCCCCCCCCCCCCCCAACUUAGCAGGUAGAGUAAUCAUGGAUUCGGGACUUUUUUAGCUGUGUGGGUUUUGGGGUUGUUGUGGUUUUUGUUUUUUGCCUUAUGCUGGGUGGUCUUGGACAAAUUGUUGCCUGUCCAUUUUGAUUAUCUUUAGUAAAAACAAAAACAAAAAAAUCGGAACAGUGAUCUACCUUACAGGGUUGUUGCUAAGACAAAUAGACUUUGAAAAUGCUUUUGCAAUUCUUAAAAAAUGUGCAGUAGACUGCUGGUUUCUUUUGUGAAACUAGUCCUUUCUUGAGGCUGAAGAACAUGCAUAGGACUUUCUGAACAGUUUAACAAACUUUGGAAUAUUUGGACAAUAUAUGUUUGGAGGCAGUUAAUACAUCUAAUUUGAUCAGGAAAUAUUUUGUUCUUGUACAUCAACUUUUAUAAAGGACUUUGUGCAUUAUGCUGUGUUGUAUAAUGAAUGAUCAUUUGAAGUGCUUUUUAAAAACAUACAAACAUUCCCACAAGCAAGCUUUCAUACUGUGACUAUUGCCGCAGAUUAUUAGUUUUAAGUAUACCUGUCUAAAGUGCAACUUUCACUUACAUUAAUAAAGCUACCCUUCACCAUUCCUUUGAAUACCUUGCAGAAGUCUUCAAAAUAACUCCUAAUUCUGCUCUCCUUGUUCAUUUAUUAUUAUUAUUAGUAUUAUUAUUAUUAUUAUUCCUCCCAUUUUGCCCUUUCCACUGUCUAUUGUACUACAUGCACUAAGUAAGCUUGCUAGGAUAAAAUCUGGACAGCACAAAUGCUCAGUUUAAUUUUGCAGAGCUUGUGUUGGCUCCCACCUACCCGAAGGAAUACUGGCUUCAUGUUAAAUACAUACGCAGCUUGAAACGGUGUCAAAUAAGAGGCCCAUCUGACAAUCUCUGUCUCCCUGGAGAAAAACCAGCUGCUUUUAGUUUACUUUCUUGUCAAGCUAUCGGAAGCAAUGUGAUCUUCUAGGUUUUUGCAUCAGAACACAACUCUGCUGUUCUUCCCCCACACUUUUCUUUUUCUAAGACAAUAAGAGGUUGUGUUCGUAUCAUACCAAAUUAACUCUUUGACGUUAGGUAGUGUAUAUUUUUGCUUGUGUUUUUUAAAACACAAAAAUAUAUGUUUCCCUGACGUGAAAGGUUCUUUGCUUUCCUUAAGAAUAAAAUUAAAAUAUACACAUUUUAGUAGUAUAAUUAUUGAAUACAAAACUGAAGCCUGAAUGCAUCUAUCUGCAGAUAAACAAAUGUUUUAUAAAUAUUAAAUACACACUGUUCAGAGAAAUUCAGCAUUAUUCAAUGCAAGCUGCUCAUUCAUUCCAAUUUAAUUUGUAAUCUAAUCACAGCACUAAAAAGAAAUUACUCAAACCAAGCACAUUUUGUAGACAACUUGAUCUUGGAUAUAUUUAAGUCUUUAUCUUCCCCAAUAGCUUAUAUGGAUCUAUUGUCUCCUUCCUGUAUCCUUUCAUUCCAGUUGAUAUGAAAUAUGUUCCACUUUUCUCUAAAUCUAUCAUCUUGCUGCCUGCGUUCCCUAAUCCUUAUUAUAUUUGUAAUUUGAUCAUCUGAAUACAAUACAAUACAAAAGCACUGUGAUACUUCUUUAAACAGUCAUAGCUCCACCCAAAGAAUCCUUGGAACUGUAUUUUUCUUGCUGCUGCUGCUGCUGCUGCUGUUAAUUUAUACCCUGCCUUUUUCCUGAUGUGACUCAAGGCGGCUUACUGAUAAAAGCAAGAAUCUUUAAAAACAUAGAAAAACCAAUCAUUAAAUUACAAUUAAAUAUUGAUAGAAUUAAAACUAUAUUCAUAUAUAAAAUUUGUUUAAAACAUGUCAGUAAGUACAGGUGGAGACCGUUUUAGGCUUGUCAAAUUGUGACGUGCUAUUGCCGCCAUGUGGGUCCUUUUGGACCCAGAAGAAGGCAGAGCAGUGUGGGGAGGGGUGGACCGGGAUGGGGGAUGCUUAUAUAUGCAUGGGGGCCAGGAACGGAACCCUUGUGUGAAAUGGUCACUGCCUGUACAAUAAAACCAGCACAGCAGCAGUGCUUUAAUUCAAAGCAGUCAGUUCCUAAAAGCCUGUUGGAACAAGAAAAUCUUCACCUGCUGGCGGAAGAACAACAAGGAGGGAGUCAGUCUAGCUUCAUUAGGGAGGGAGUUCAAAGUUCGGGAGCACCCACCAAGAAGGCUCUUGGUAGUUUGUUAAGGGUGUUGAGAGUUGUUAGAAGGCAACCCACCCCCAAUUCCCCUGAUAGAGCCACAGUUACCAGGGUGCUUUAACAAGCAAUCUUCUCUUCCCAGGGAACCAAUGUAUAUGCUGUGAUUUAUAGGAAGUAGACCUAUUAAAACUAAUGAACAUGAUUAAGGUAGUUCAUUAAUUUUGUGACUCUGUUCCUAGUUGAAUGCCACCCGCUGUCUCCAUGGAAAUUUCCCACAUGUAUUUAGCUCUUCAGAGAAUAGCUCCUCCAAACUGGCCUGCUGAAAUUCCAGCAUGCCUCAGCAUGUGGAAAUAGGUAUGUCCGUAUCAUUUAAAUCGCCAAAAACAAAAUAGCUGGGUGAGGAGCAAAUGCUCAGGUGAGGAGCAAAGUGACAGAGACUGCCCACGAAAUGCCACAACAGAUAAGACAGAGACUCUGCCCUCUCCCCCAAAUGCACUAGCAAACUUCCACGCCAGCAGUGACUGCAGAUGUAGAAGACAUUUUUUUUUUAUUGACGGAUUCUCUGUGAUAAAACAGAAACCCAUAUUAUUAUUAUUAUUAUGUUUAAAUGCCACGCACUGGCAUUUUGUUGAGAAUUACCGUAUGUCAUGUGGACAGUGCAAAAAAACUUCUGUGCCAAAGUAACACUGAUUCUGCAAUAAAUCUCUGUCUGGAAGCACCCCAAGUAGUUUUAUGCAAGAAGAGCCUGUUCCAUCACCUGGUGACUGCAUGAUGCACCUGAUACCAUCUCCCCUUGAUUAGACCUCUGGCCUUUUUGCAGCCUGGUAGAUACUCUUCCACCAGUUCUCCCACUGGACCCUCCUCUGGCUUAGCUCAUGAGGAGAGGGAGAGUGAAGGCAAAGAUUCUGGAUCCUUUGAAGCAAUGUACAGGCUUGUCCAACGCCCAAGGUGAAAUGUCUGGGCGAGCUGGGCUGCUUAACAUGGUUCUUCAAGUGUACUGGGUUUUCCUGCAUAUCCAAAGCCUCUUUUUUGGAUGAAGUUCUCCAAGCGUCUGGGUCUGAGGGAAGCACUGUGGCUUAGCAGUGGCGUUGUUACAGAAGGUCCCAGCUCCCGGUUCUGUACUAUCCUAUCUAUGGUGGGAUGAGAACUUUACAGAGGCUGAUUCUCAUGUAGCUUAAAUGUGCCAUUACCAUUUGUGAUAUUACCUGUAUGUGCCUUCAAGGCACACACAUGAAGGAAAUGGCUUGGUGACCUUGAAGCUAGUCCACUGCUUGCAUCAUCAGUCCUAAAUGUAUCCAGUCUUAGCAAUUCACACAUGGUGAGGUGUGUUUAGUUUUCACUCAAAAAAGUUCAUCAUCUGAAACCAUUACAUCUUUUCUAGUUAAUUUUUUGAGGUGUUUUUUUUUUUUGUAUUUUCUUAUUCUCUCACCACAACUCCUACCUGAACAUUUUGGUGCAUUGCAUAUGCAUUUUCAAAGCCACCAUCGAACACAUAUACUGUAUGCAUGUGCUUUUUUGAUUGUCCACCAGUUGCCCAGAAUGUUUUGUCGCCAGCUGCACAAGCUUUUGCAGGUGACAUGACUUCAUGUGUGAUUCUUGGCUCAAAAAAGCCCCAGUGCCUGAGACAGCAGAAGCAGCAAGAGUUCAGCAGUAAUUACCCACUUCUAAAAAUAGUCAUGUUUUAUCAGACCUCAUGCAAUGCAGAGCAACAGGGAAAGCGCUUGGAGCUCUUUGCUGCAAAUGCCCUGAUGGUGCUUGAAUGCCCUAUGGUCUGAAGAGAUGUCAGCACCAGCUGAGGGUACUCAGCACCCUAUUAGCAGGAUUGCUAGAAGUCUUUGGGAGACUGAGGAGUGAGGUCCACAUGGCCGUUUUCUUAAAGUGGUGACAUCAGUGGUGUGGUAGUAAAUGCUGGCACUCUGUGACAACCAUAGCCACGCCCCUUCAUGAAUUUUGUUUGGCCAGUGCAUACUAUGGCUUGAACACCAAGCUAGAGUUUUUUUGCACAUUUUGAGCAUUUUCCGCUCAAAUCCUGCUUUGCUUAACAUCUAGCCUAAUGAAGACUACUGGUGGACUCAAAAGCUUGUUCACUGUUUUGUGUCAUUUUGCUUGGGACUUUGGAAAUCCUUCUCCAUGCCCUCCCUUUUAUCCAUGCAUGCCAUGCCAAUCUACCUCUUUUUCUGCCUAGCCUCCUUGAUGGGUUUCUCUCAGAAUAAAGCUUAUUUAUUUGGCAUGCAGAAGAUUAGCAAAUAGCACCCCAGGAUCUGGCCUUGUUGCCCUGUUGUUAAAUAAUUGACAGAACCUCAUCCCUACCUGCCUCUGCACCACUGAGUGGCAUUGUGUCAAUUUAGACAUAACACUAAACCAUGGAUUGCAAUAAUCAUAACUUAGAACCCAGACUGUAGUUUCAGCUUCCAAAUGUACAACACAAACCACAGUUUAGAAAUUCUUGCCUGCUGUUGUUUUCCAAACAACGUGUGCUCCUUCUCACAGGCUAUUCCACAGCUCCAAACCAUAGUAAGUUGGUUCAAAUGGAGCCUUAAGCCAAGCUGUGAUUUAGCCCAAAAGCACUGGCUCCUGGGACAGAGAUUGACAUCUCUUUGCUUCUCUUCAGCCCUGUUGCUGCUGCCAGUGGAGCAAGACAAACCAUAAACCCAAGUUCAGAUGACAGGCUAAACCAAAUCAUGGCAGCAGCGGGAGGAUUGGGGGAGGAGCACAGUGACCAUGAUCUCCUCUUGAGGAACCUACGAUACUUGUUUGUGCAUUCUCCUGAAGACAUAGUUUGGUUUAGCUUUAGGUGUGAACUGGCUCUAUGUCUUUCCUUCUACACAUUCAAGAGAGAGAAAACUUGGCCACAAGCUUUUAAAUAGUUUUCUUUGGCAGAUUAAUAAACUAAAGCAUUAAAUGAUUGAUAGAUUUGGUGAGGAGGUUAAUCUGUAGGGUUGAUAAUUGAAGAGCACCUUUGUUCUGCUUUUGAAUCAGUUCUGACUCUGGUUUGCUGCUGAAAUAGAAAGUGAAAAAAGUCAAAGCCAAGAUGGCAUUUUGCUUCCAGCAAUGAGUGCUGUCUCUUGAUUUAUUGCAAGUUUACCUCUUGCUUCUCUCAGUGGAAUGUUGUGAAGGUUUGUGCAACCUGAGUAUCUGGAAAUGGCAGUGGCAGAGGUAAAAACCAGCUUAUAUUUAUUAAUGUUCUUUUUAAGGAAGAAGAGUGAGCUGUAAAAUUCCAGGGUGUUAUGUUUAUGUAGCCUUCAGGAAACUCUAAAUCUAAAUACUCUAAAUCUUGUGGCACCGUUUGGCACUUAAAGGUUGCCAAACUUCUUGUGAGAUGAGCUUGUUUACUAAUGCAUCACAAUAUGCAACUGGUGAAGUAGUCUGUAGCUAACAAAAGUUUCUGCAGCAGUAAACCUGGUAGUCUUUCAGGCAGGAGUGGGGAGCCUUUGACACCCCCCCCAAUAGUGUUGGACUCCAACUGCCACAAUCCCUAGUCAGCAUAACCAGUAACAGGGGAUGUUGGGAAUUCUAGUUAAGCAACAUUCAGAGGGGCUCAGUUUCACCAGCCCUUGCUUUAUGAUCUUGUUCACACUACAGUGGUACCUUGGGUUAAGAACUUAAUUCGUUCUGGAGGUCUUUUCUUAACCUGAAACUGUUCUUAACCUGAGGUACCACUUUAGCUAAUGGGGCCUCCCGCUGCUGUGGCGCGAUUUCUGUUCUCAUCCUGAAGCAAAGUUCUUAACCCGAGGUACUAUUUCUGGGUUAGCGGAGCCUGUGACCUGAAGUGUCUGUAACUCGAGGUACCACUGUAUAGCUAAACAAUGACUUGUCUAUAACCAUCAGGUUAUGCAUUUACCUUGUUUGAGCCGUCUCUUCCAACAGCUCUAGCUGAAGGGUUGGUUGCUUUACCAAAAAAUCCCUAAGGGCAAAUUGGGUAUAUUCAUGUCCUCCACAAGCUAUGUCUGAACCCAAGCCCUUUAUGUUUCAUUGAGGACAAAAGGAGGCAACUGUCUCAGCUGAAUGACUUUGUAGGCUUGGAAUACCUUGGUUGAUCUUUUUUUGGUUCAAUAGGCUAACAUAUCUAGUCUUCUGGGGGAUUUGUUUGUGUGCCCCACAUCAUUUUUACAGGAUCAGUUUCUUUGUAAGGAGGAAGUUUUGGAGAUUUGUGCCAUGUUUAUCUCAUUUGAUUUACAAAUAUACAAGCUGAUGGGAAGGGAGGAGCAGGCAUGCACCCGGGCCAGCAAAUUUUUCCAAAAGCUCAGCCCUCUAGAUCUCUCUUUCUGGCCUUUGGGAUUCUUACCAGGUCACUCUUGUCCCCAGCCACCCCUCCUUUCUCUGGGUCACACUCUCACUCGCCCUGCUUUGCAUCCUACUUGUGUGCCUUUGCCAGGCAGGAUGGGUCUUUGAACUCUGGAACUGCCUCUUGCUUCCCUGGAGAGAGAUGGGUUUGUGAGUGUUUAUAGGCUACUGUAGGAAGCCAAGCCUCCCAUGCAAAGCUAAAAUUUGCAUGUGUUACUCUGCCCACUUCUGUCUCUGGCCCUGCACACUAUAAACACGUGGCCCCCCAGAAGAUUUCCCAGAAACAAAUGGGGCCUUGGCUUGAUAAAGGUUCCCGACUUUUCCAGAAAGUGAAAAAAGUUGCCUUUUCAAAAAGUGAAAAGCCGAAAAGCCCAGCUAGACUCAAGCAGCGACAUCAAAUUCCUGUUGUUACAGAGUUUCCUUUUAUUUCGUUUACAGUAAUGCUAGGAAAUGCUGUGCCCUUUAGAAAUAAAAGUUCUUGGCUUUGUUUGUUUGUGGCAUGCAGGUUAACUUCUUGGCUGGUUUUGUGUUCAUUUUAGACUCUGAAAGCGCAACUGUUGUUCUCAGCUGGGCACUUUCACAGGGUGCUCUUUCAAAUUGGAAUGGUAUGCGCAUUCCUGGUGUUCUCUGGAAUGUCAAAACGACAUGCAGUUAGGACCUCCAGACUGGCUUAGUUCCCUGUGGAUAAAUUAAUUUGACUUGGCAGCAGCCCAUCUCUCCCUUGUUAUCGCUCCACUGAAAAGCGGCUCUCUUCUUCUGAGUUUUAUCAACAGCAGUUCAGGCAAUUUGAAUGGACAGAUCCUGUGGGCUGGCACCAAGGGUGCCCUGUACAACUUAGUGGUAUGCCAGAAACAAUGAGUGUCAUUCCUGGUUGUUUUUGUUUUUUAAAAAUACACCUUUUGGUACUGCUCAUAUUGAAAACUAACCCUCUCCAAGGAAACCUUGGGAAUUGUAGUUCUGUGAGGGGGCUUACCGUCAGUUGGGUAAUGAACCCAUAUAUUUGUUUCCAAAGUGUGGGUUUUCUUUUGCUGCAGGAUGUGAGAUGGUUGGGGUCAGGAAGACAUUCUCCUUUGAGUAACACACAAAGGAUCUGUACUAGCUGUCUAUAGGCUACAAAGUCAAAUUCUUCCUCUUAAUACAGUCUGGGACCAGCUUACCUUGCACCAUGUAUCCCUAGCCAAUCUUUGUCUUCAGCCAGAGAGGCACUAUUGAGAGUGCCUUGCUCCUGCAAGAAACAUGAUGUUUAGUGCAUCUGUGCCUUGGUUGGCGGAUUUGUUGCCUAAUUAAUACAAUAUCAAGCCAGCACUUUGUUUCAAAUGCCUGCUUCUGAUGUGUCUUGCUCAGUCCGUCAGCUAUUUGUGAAUCGUUGCCCAGAGGUUAAAUUACUUUUGUGUUGUUUUUAUGGAUGUGUGAUGAUUAGCGCCAAGAUACUUUGUUUGUUUGUGGUAUUUAGGUAUAUAAAGCAAGAAGAACAAAGGAUAACUUGUAGCUGGGACAGGUUGAGCUAGCCCUAGGUAGAGUAGGCCCAGCAGAGACCUGGCUGCACUUGAUCCUGAACCCUGACCUGCUGAUCUGAAAUGAGGGCAAAGCUGGGGCUAAUUUAUUUGUUCUGGCUUCUCAGUCUGCAGCUCUCCUAAGCGUUCCUCAGGAAACAGGGCUGCUGAUAGGCCUACCCAAAAUAGCUUAAUUGUGCUUCCUGGCUUUUCAGACCCUUUUGUUACUGCACACUUCUGUGACUUUUACCUGAGCUAUGAGCACAUCCUUUUAGGGCGGAUGGGGUGCCAGCCUGCCGUCUUAUAUCCAGUCCAAGAGACAGUACUGGUUGCCAGCUUAUUAUUCCCCCUUAUCCUCAGUGUCACCCUCAGUAGGUAGGAGAAUGGAGACUCCCCCUAUUGCCGGGCUCCUUGCCUUUUGCCCUACCUGGCGCUGUGGCACGCGGGUGGCACUGUGGGUUAAACCACAGAGCCUAGGACUUGCCGAUCAGAAGGUCGGCGGUUUGAAUCCCCACGAUGGGGUGAGCUCCCGUUGCUUGGUCCCUGCUCCUGUCAACCUAGUGCAAGUAGAUAAGUGCAAGUAGAUAAAUAGGUACCGCUCCGGCAUGAAGGUAAACGGUGUUUCCAUGCACUGCUCUAGUUUGCCAGAAGUGGCUUAGUCAUGCUGGCCACAUGACCCGGAAGCUCUCUCGGCCAGUAAAGCGAGAUGAGCGCCGCAACCCCAGAGUCAGCCACGACUGGGCCUAAUGGUCAGCGGUCCGUUUACCUUUACCCACCACUAUUCCCCAGUUCACUGUGUGACAUAAAUUUCUUUUUCCAUUCUGUCUUGCUGUUGGUCUGACAGUGUUCAAGAAUCAUUCUGUCUUGUGCCUGCUCUAUAGCUGACUGGCACUAUAGAAGCGAUCUUGAGGAGACUUAAAGCCCUCCCCUCCCCCACUCCCACUGGAAGGACAUUUUGCCAAAUACACAUUUUAAAAAAGCAGACAGCAAGUUGAACUGGGCUGUUGUGUGGGUUUUCCCCGUGCUCUAGAGAGUGAUCUCAUUUUAGCAUGUUUAUUACUCUUGCGUUUAGUAAGCAAAGCUUAAAAAAAACCCAACCUUUGAAAUUGUCAACAUUCCAAAUAUUUUAUUUGUAAUUGCCAUCUAUUUGUUGUUACUAAUGAGCUUACGCUACAGAAAGCACUGGAAAACAAUUCAGAAAAUUUUCGGCUCUGUACCGCUGGCUUGCUGCUUUAUUAAUGUGAGCUAGAGUACUGACUACACAGUGUUUCUGUAAAACACAGAGCAGUUCUUGGCUUGAGGAAAGCUUAUUCCAGAGAGCAGAAUCAUUUCUGGAUUGUUGAAUUAAUUUUGAAAGUAUCCACAGUGUGACUGGCCAGCCACACAGACCCUUGUCAAAAGGUGUGGUUUUUGUUUCUGUUUUCUCUUUAAAGGUCUGUUUCAAUUUUCUCCUCUAUGUCUGUUCUUUGACAGUGCAAUGUCCCCUUGCUUGCAUGACCCUGUACAUUCGUAUUUCCUUUCUGCAAAAAAAUCAAAAAUCAAAAAAUCUAUGAGGAUUAGUUAAGGCAGCUUUGCAGUAUAGCACCACCUUGAUAGCCAUAGGCAACAAGGAAUUGUGUGCAGGCAUGUUAGGAGGCUGGUGAAUGUUGGCUUAGACAAUAUUGUCUGUUGGGCUUGCUCUACACAUGCAGCAGAAUGAGGUGGUAAGAAUGGCUGUAGUCCUAUCAACCAAUACCUCCUAGCAGAGAGAAAACUAGGAUAUCAGAGAGGUCAUUCUAGCCAAGCCCUUUGCCUGUUGUGCUGGUUUUCUAUUUGCAAGGAAGGAGCUGUAAUGCCAAGGCAACAUUCAGACUUGCAGUCUCAAUUAGUGUAGUCCAUUUCCCCAUCCUGUUCUGCUGCAUGUGUAGACCAUGCCUCUGCCUUCAUCCUUCAUGUCACUGCAGUGUACGUAGCUGAAUGAGCAUCCUACCAGAAGCUUCAGACGUGAGAAUCAACUUGUAUUUCUCCCUCUUGCUUCCCCUUUCAGCCUCUAUACUCCAGCAUGCCAAGGAGCUUAGCUACCAUAUUUGGAGCUUGUCUGCCUGUCUUCUGACCUCACAUCUGCUCAGUGGAGGAUUUGGGUGUUUUUACUUGUCCAAAUAUGGGAAAGCUGCUUGAAGAGUCCAGCAUCUGGCCUGAAUCGGAAGUAACACAGUGUUUGUAGUGCUGCUUUUCUUAACAGUAGUCUCAUUAGCUUAAAGCCAGCCUCUUUUUAAGCUUAUUUUCUAGUGACAGGAGUUAUCUGGAGAUGGACAGAUGUGCUGUCUGAAUCCUACAGUUUCAUUAUACCAACAUAGGAAGCUGUCUUUAUACUGAGUAAGACCACUGGUCCAUCUAGCCCAGCAUUGUUUACACUGACGGGCAGCCGCUCUCCUGUCCCUACCUGGAGAUUCCAGGGGCUGAAUCUGGGAUAUUUUGCAUGCAGAGUAGAUGUUCAACUACUGAGCUUUUGGCCCUUUCUGUAAAGGAGUGUGUCCUCCAUUGUCUCUGAAGACAGAUGGAUGCCAACAACCCAGGAUAUUAUCCAGUCAUGAGUGAAUAAAUAAUGUAGGUUACAUUUGGGUGAGAAAUGGUAGUAACCAUGGUUAGAUGCUGUAGGCUAGGAGUAGUUCACUUUGUUUAUUUGUAGAAACCUGCCUGUGCAUUAUGAUUGGCCUUAGAGAACCUCCUUGUAGUCCCACCCAUAACAGCAAUUUGGUUGCUGGUCCCCAGCUUAGCUUGGUAUGCCAAAUGUGCCCUUUCCUGGACAGGGAUAGCUUGGCCACUGGGAUUCAUGCACUGAUAACUUCACAAUUGGACUGUUGUAAUGCCUUCUUUGGGGGGCUUCCCUUGAGUCUGGUCAAUAAGGUGUAGCUGGUGAGAACCUUGUGGCCAUGAUGUUGAUUGUAGCAACCAGUCGUGUACAUUAUUGCACCUGUGCUGAGGGAACUUUACUGCCUGACAAUCGGUUACAGGGACAUGUUCAAUAUAUUGUUACUAAUAUAUAAAGCCCUGAACGACUUGAGACCAGGUUACCUGAAAGACUGUCUUUCCUUCUGUAUAGACUUGCAAAAUCACUUAGAUUGCCUGGGGAGAUUUUACUUAUGGUAAACGCUACAGAGUAUUACAGGGCAGUAAACCAAAAAUGGGCAUUUCCUACCAUUGCCCCUGCAUUGUGAGGCACUUCCUUCCAUUGCACAUGAAACAUCAUCCAUCAGUUGCUUCAGAAUGUCUUGUAAAGACAUACCUUUCUUUCCCCUCCCCCCCCCCCCGGCUUACCCUGAUCCAUGAGAUUUGAUCCUGUUAUUACUAAAUUUCUAUUCCCACCUGAUUCCUAUAUAUAUAUUUUGUUCCAGAUUAAAAAGCAACAGCAGGACGUGUGUGGCUUUUUGGAAGUCAACAAGAUAGAGUAUGAGGAGAAGGACAUCGCGGCCAAUGAAGAGAACCGCAAAUGGAUGCGGGAGAACAUCCCCGAAAACUGCCGGCCGACCAGUGGGAAUCCUUUGCCUCCACGAAUCUUCAAUGACGGCCGGUACCUUGGGGUGAGAACCAGGCCUCUCUUACCUGCCUUUUGGAAGAAUACAGUGGGAAAUUCUCCUGUGCAAGCCCUGAAAUUAGGGCUGAGAAGAAGUCCUCCAUCCUAGUCCAAAAGUGAACAUCCAAUUUUCAGGAGCCAAAUUUUGGUUUGGGGUGGGGUGGGGAUAUUAUGACAGGGGAAGCAGUUUCUUUUUUUUGUCCUCCUUUUUGUACUUUGUAUUAAAAGUUUGGCAAAGGGCUAUAGCUCUGUCGUAGAGCAUCUGCUUUGCACACAGAAAGCCCCAGGUUCACUCCCUGGCGUCUCUAGGUAGUCAGUGUAAACAAUGCUGAGCUACAUGGACUAAUGAUCUGACUCAGCAUAAAACAGCUUCAUAUAUAAAUGGUUACAAAUAUAACAGUUACAAACAGGUUAAAAAGCCUGUCAAUCUCCCUAGACCCCUAAAGGUUUUCUGAUUAAAUUUAAAACCAUGUCUUCUUCUUCUUUGGUGAUCACUCGUAGACAAGUAAGAUUGUCUUCCAUGACACGGUCUUCACAGUGAGUCCGUAAGUGAAUGUGGAGGCCACUUCUGGAUCCACACAUCCUUCCACAGUGGGGACAUAGGUUUCCAGGCGGGAGUUGAUCUCGGUGAGGAUUUGCCAAGUGUGCCUUCGUCUUAACAGGUUUCUCCCUUUUGUCCUGAGUUUGAGCGUCUUCAAACACCUUUGGUAAAGGCUGUUCUCCAUUUGGAGCGCUUGCAGUCCAGUGUUUUCUCAAUAGUUGGUGUUUAUAGCACAUUUUUUAGUGGGACGCGGGUGGCGCUGUGGGUUAAACCACAGAGCCUAGGACUUGCCGAUCAGAAGGUCAGCAGUUCGAAUCCCUGCUAUGGGGUGAGCUCCUGUUGCUUGGUCCCUGCUCCUGUCAAUCUAGCAGUUCGAAAGCAUGUCAAAGUCCAAAUAGAUAAAUAGGUACCGCACCGGCAGGAAGGGAAAAUGGUGUUUCUGUGCGCUGCUCUGGUUCGCCAGAAGUGGCUUAGUCAUGCUGGCCACAUGACCCGGAAGCUGUAUGCCUGCUCCCUCAGCCAAUAAAGCGAGAUGAGCGCCGCAACCCCAGAGUUGGUCAUGACUGGACCCUUUACCUUUUUUUUUUUUUUUAAUAGCACAUUUUUAAAGAUUUGCCUUGAGAAAGUCUUUAAACCUCUUGUGUUGUCCACCGGUAUUUCGCUUUCCAUUCUUAAGUUGGGAUAGAGUAGUUGCUUUGGAAGAUGAUAAUCAGGCAUCUGAACAACAUGACCAGUCCAAUGAAGUUGAUGUUGAAGAAUCAUUGCUUUGACACUGGUGAUCUUUACACUGGCAUUAGUUUGCCUGUCUUCCCAAAGGAUGUGUAAAAAUUUUCAGAGACACUGUUGAUGGAAUCUUUUGAGGAGUCGGAACCUUUUGAGGAGUUAAAACCAUGUAAUAAGUUCCCCAGUGUGUAAAAACCAUGCAGUAUGCUCGUAUUCUAACCCCUUUCUUCUGUUUUCUUGUGGCUGAUUUGGAGCUUUCUGUGUUAUUCCCUUGGUACUCAUAACACAAGACUCUGCUUUAGGUGCCUGGCCUUUAUGACUUGAAGACAUGCAAAACGUUUUGCCCUUAAUGGCAGCUUCUUGGCUAACUUCACUUUGGUUCUCCCAUGUGACCUGCCUGAGAUCUGUGACCUUUGGUGAGAGAGGCUUUGCAUUAAAGAGCUAGGCUGAUUACAUCACAGGGGGAAUUGAAAAACCUCCUGCUGGCUCCGUUAAACACUAGUAUUUUCUCAACUGCAGUUGCAAAAUUACUGGUUUCCUCUGUCACACUUGGCAGUAUAGAGUCAACCUGACUGAAUCCAGCAAUGUGUUCUGUGUCGCUGAUGAUGGUUAAUUAAUAAUAAUAAUUGAAAGGAAAUGGUGUAUCUGGGUGGUCUGUUUUUCAUUAUCCUUUCCCUUCCAGGGGUCGGAGCACCAGCUGUCACUUAAAAACAGCAACUCUACCUUACCAAAAUACAUUAUACUGUGUUUGCUUAAGCAGUGUACACGCUUGAACUUUCCCUGGUGCAGAUUGGAUCCAGUCCCACUAAAAUGUGGAAAUGUGUAGCUUCCCCUUUUGCCUUUGGCUUCCUGUUUGAGUUAACUUAGAUUUCCAUCAUUCAAGACACAGAAAGCUUAGGGAUUUACCAGUGUCAUCCUGUGCAAUGCCUACUUAGAAAUAAUUUCCAUUCACUCCAGGCAAAUCUGUACAGGAUUGCAGCAUCAAUCUCCUCCCAUGUUUUUAAUUCAAAUUUUUCAUUUUUAAAUAGGAUGCUGAUUAUUAUCAUUUUUAAGAAAAAGAGCACUGCUUCAAAAGAUAAGAUAGUGAUUUGACGGGGGGGGGGGGUUUGGGGGGGUUAAAAAAAGAUUUAUACACCACCUAUUUUUUUAAAAAAAUCCAAAUCCUCUAACUGGUUUGCAGAUUAAAAAACUGGCAGUUUUAAAAACAAAUAUUGGGUGGAUUUCAGAAGAUGUUGAAAACAGUACAGUGAAGGUGCUUACCCAGAGAAUAGGGGAGCGUGCCACACUAAAAGACUGAUUCAUUACAAGCGCAGACAAGUUACAGAAAGAUGCAUGGCCUCUCAUUUCUGUAGUACAACUUGAUAGCAAGAAAUGAGAUGCUCACUGUUGGCAUCUUCCAGGGUGUCAGUUGGGCAGUGGGGGGGGGGGGGACAUCUGUGUCUUCUGCAAGUAUCAGAUGUUGUGCUCUUGGCCUAGCGGGCAAUUAUCCGGUCCUUUUAGAACCUGGAGGAGGAAGAAACAGAGUAGGAGUUUAAAGAUGCAUGUAUUGUUGUUGCCAUGGAUACUGAGACCUACUGUCUUGGCACCAUGUUCAAGCUAUACAUUGUUAAUGUUAGAAAUUUUGGAGCUUAAUGCUGUAUUUGGGAGCUAGACGAUUGCCAGGCAUUCUAAUUCCCAGCCUGCACUAGAUAUGACAACUUUUGAAGGAAGCUCUUCUCAUGAAGGGUGGGUAAGAAAUAGAAUAUAAUUACUAUCACACACACACACUUUAAAAACUGUCCUGCCUUUAUAUACCCUCAAGGUAGUUUAUAAAAAUGCAACUUAGCAAUUAAAAGGUGGGGGGGGGUCCUAAAAAACAGUAAGAUAUCAUCUUCACUUUAUUUGUAUGAUGUCUUUCCACAAAAAAAUUAUGCUUACAUUAGCGGUGUGUAGCUUUUAUCAAUGAAAACAGCAAUACAUCAUAAAAGCAACAGUUACGAGAACAAUUUCAUAAUAACGUCAAUAAUAAAAGAGUAGCGUGAAUGUUACAAUAAAAAACUGUUCAAUCACAUCCAAAAAAACCACACCCCAAGUUUUUAAAAAAAUCUUGGCUAGGUUACAUUUGCAUAGGCAGUAUACAAAUGUAACUUUCUCCUGAGGCUAAUUGAAACUAGCAAUCCUAUGAUGUCAAAAUACAUCAAUAAAUCCAACUCAUUGUCACGCCAAACAGGGGUGCCAACUUGAAUAAAAUAUGGGGGGGGGGGUCCCCUUGAAGGCAUGAUAAAAAAGAAAGAAAGAAAAGGAAUGAGGUGGGAAAAUGAAAGCUAGCAGCUUCUCCUUUAUUGGCCAAUAAGAGCCAGGUUGGUCUCUUGCUUAACAUGAUGCUUUUUCCAGGAGGCAUGGAGUGCAGCUCCCAGCAGCCUUUGGGGCCCUGGCUGAUGGCACAGGCCAGAGUAUGCCUCAUUUUUGUUUUGUGGUCCUAGGGCAACUGGCAGUGGGAGUAGAGUGUUCUUUCUUGAAGGAAGGGGGGAAGCAACUCAAUCAACCCCACCUACAAAUGCAGCUAAUGAAGAGCAAGAUACUGUGUCCUUCAUAACCUGGGGCCAAGUUAUCUUAGAGAACACUUCUCCCUGCAUGAGCCCCCAGCUACCAUAUCUCAACGACUAGCCCAGGGUUCACCAGCCUUUUUAGAUUUUGGGGUGAGCGCCUUCUGAUUACUCCCCGCUCCUCCAGAUCAUGCCCUCCCUGAGAGAGUUGGGGGGGGGUAGAGAAUAAGCACUUAUGCAAACAUUUUGCUUUUCCAAAGUGUAAACAUUGGAACCAGUAGAAUUAAUCUGAGUCUUGAAAAGGAUGUAGAAUUGAAAAAGGAAGUGGGAAGGAGUGUUGCUUUUCUGACUUCUUAAACUUUUCAAUUUAGAAGAAGAUAACCAUCUUCACAACCAAGGGGGCAUUGAGUGAGAAUGGUUUUUGUAAGGGCCAGGGGAAGACUUCAAUGGGCUCUACUGUGCCCAAGGGUGCCAUGUUGGUGACCCUUGGAUGAGCCAUUCUAACUGGAUUGUUAUUUCUGGAAUGUUGAUUGUCUUUCUGCUUUUUUUUAAUCUGAAAGAACUAUGACGAUUUCUUCGAAGCUAGAGAGAAUAAUGCGGUAUACGCCUUUUUAGGCUUGACUGCCCCACCUGGUUCCAAGGUACGUAUAAUUUCAUCUUGAUGCCUGCUUUUUUCCCCCCAGACAGGUAUUUGUGUAAAUAUUUUCACUUCUUUAGUAAAACAUCAUAGUAGUUCUAAGGGAAGAUUUCUACUUGUUUUCAGAAAGUCAAGCUAUGUGCUUUUGCAGAAAGCAUCUAUGGAGGAUCACUGUCCACAUAAUGACUGCAGCAUUGGGGGCACGUAACCUUCUGCACCAUUGUCCCACUGAAAAUCAUCCCACCUCCAACACACACACACACACAGAGAGAGAGAGAGAGAGAGAGAGAGGUGCUGCUAAUUGCCCCAGUGGUGCUGUGUAUUGCUGGUAUACCCUUGAUGGGGCAGUAUUGCAGGGAAGAAAGGGUUAAACCUCUCUCUCUCUCUCUCUCCCACCACACCUUAGCCCUGAUCCAGGUUGGCUGCUUUUUCUGGCAGAAAGUAGACUGCUUAAAUCCUGUGCUUACCAUAAUGUGUAGGAAAGAGAGGAGGUGGGUAGGGAAACAAUCCACAAGAGGGGGCAGGAGAGGGAGUCCUUAAAAAUCAGAACUUGCUAAAGCGUUUGUUGUAAAGGUGAAUGUUAGCUGUGAAAUAUCUGAACAUUCUUGGAACGUGCUGUCUCUCUGUAACAAACUUUUGCCUUAGGUAGUUUACAGACUUGUUUUGCGUAGCUGUCUAGGUUAGUUAAGCACUGGAUUCCUGUGAGAGGUCUUGAAAUGGGAAAAUUCUUUUCUGAUUUCAAUCAGAUGAGAUAGGACUAGCUUGCCUGCUAGCAUUCUUCUAUGUAAACACGUUUGAAGAGUAAUUGAUUCGCUAUCAAGUGUUCACAGUGCUACAUUUUCUCUCCAGCCCACCUUUUGAUCUGAUAAGUUGGUUCUUAAGGUUAUUGUUCUUAAGGUUAUUAGCUGUCAUGCUUAUUGACUCCUUGAAUUUAAAAGGGGGAGGAUUUGAAAAUAUUUAGCAUUUGUAUUGUGAACCAUUUUUUUUUGUGUAUGUGUGUGUUUUGGUUAUAUCUCUUGCACACAGAGAGACACACACCAGUUUCCCUGAAAAGAAACUCUGGGGGAUAUACCUUGACUUUUCAAAACCUAGCUACUGAAUUGCUGAUAGCAGGAUUUGAGUAUACACAAAAAAUGUACAUGUGAUGUCCUCGCAAACACACCUGAGAGCCAGGAUUGGCCCUGCCAAGUACAUACUGUAUGUGCUGAAAACCUGGGUGGUUGUUUUUUAAACACACACACACACUCUUAUAAAUUUAUUUAAAACAUACCCAAAGCAACAACUUAGUGCAAAAAAAAAAUCAAGGUUUCUAAAAUGGAAACAUCUAGAAAUGUGCUGGUUUAAAAACUCAUCACCAACAACAGCAAAAAAAUGCAGUUCACAAUCCAGGAAACACAUAGGAGUGUAGCUGUUGAGCAUCUCUAGGGAGAACAUUCUAGAUUUGCUGUUGCACAAAUUAGAAUGCAACUUAAGACUUUUGACAGAUGUAAGAUACAGAGACAUUGGAACAGAUUCUUCCAGGGGUGCUGGUUUCUAUUGGGACUAGUAGGGCGGUAGGAAGGUAGAUAGAGCUAGAACCAAUGAUAGCCAGAGCCCACUAAUUUUAGCUUUGUACCCAUCCUCCUCCUUCCUACUGAGCUCUGCAAAUGGAAGACCAAGACUAAGGAGGAGGAAGAUGGCAGGCAGGACCACCCCUGGCUUGGCCUGUAAGUAAGAAGGACUGCAGUUGGUGGGGCAGUAUCCUGUCUACCCUAAUGGAUCAGCCUCUAUUCAGAUAUGCUCUGAGCCCACCUUGAAACAUGAACUUGCAGGCAUUUAAGUGACUUGGGCUGUGAUCCUAACCCCACAUCUCUGGGCUUAAGCCCAAUUGAAUUCAGUGGGACUUGCUUCUGAGCAGAUAUGGUUAGGAUUGCAUGGCCGAGUACUAGUUGAAGCCCUGCCAUCUUGCCCUUUCCCACUGGUUCCAUUCCUACUGCCAGCCACUCCCUGCCCACUGUUGUUGCAGAAGGCAGAAGCAGCAAUGAGCAACAGAACCAGUGUGAAAGGGGCAAGACUUUGCAGUUCCAGCCGGUGUUUGAGCUAGUCUGCCUUUUAUGUCCUAUGCUAGCACACAGUGUCUCCUUGGGCCUGUGAGUGAUAAGCUGAGAUCAGUGGGAAUUCUGCCAUUUACACAAUGUGGCUUUGUUAUUUGCCCAAGUAGCGCUACAAUUUUUCCUUUCUUGUCUGUCAUCAAAACAAACACACGUGUCCAAGUUGCCAUUGUUUUGUUUUAAUAGUAAUAACACCCUUGCAUUUUGUUUAUUUCUGAUGUUGUUGUUAUUGUUGUUGUUCUAGGAGGCAGAAGCCCUGGCGAAGCAAGAAGCGUGAAUAUUUCCCCCUGUGCCUAAAGCCUUAAAUGUUCUGCGAAGGGAAAUUUCAACAGCUUUUUGAUACAAUAGCAAAAUUAUCUAUGCUUCAAGAAUUCCGCCCCACCCCCCACCCCCACCCCCUAUGCUGAUUGCUGCACACGGUAUCCCCACUAUACAUGAAUAUAAAAUGGAAAAUGCCAAGUGAAAACUCAGACUUGCCAUGAAGACAAAGGGUGUCAUUAAGGGAAGUGUUUAGAAAUAAUGAAUUUCCCCCCACUUGUUCACCCAAGUGGUGCAAUCUGCUUUUUGGCAAUUGUGUAAUUUUUUAUUUUAUUUUUUGUAAACUUAAAAAAAAACCCACCUUAUUUUACUAUUAGUAAUGCAAAUCUGUAGUUAUACUUGUAGAUCCAACAGCUGAAACAGCAGCAAAUAAUUCUGUUAAUCAACGCCAGUGCCUCAAAAACAUUACUGAAAAAUAAUGUUGGUGUUUCUUUAAAUGUGAUUUUUGAAAUAAAAAAAGUUAAUGUGUAGUGUAGUAAUAGUUGUAGUUGCUUGCUGAGGUUAGGGUAUUUCUUCAUUUGUAGGAUGCAUUUUGAAAUUGUCUACUGUAAUUUUUCAGCACACAGCUUAGAUCUUUAUUAAAAAUGCCUUAUAAUUUUCAUUGGAGUGACCAAUGUGAGGAAUUCUCACAAACUCGAGGUUUGAUUACAUUAUAUCUGUUUUUCAAGGACCUGAAAAUGCCUACUUGUGUAAGAUUUUAGUGCAGUCAUGGUGAAAUGUACAUAACAAACCAUAUUACAAAUAAGCCAAAAAAACACAAGAAAUAAACCUGCUCUGGUCCUCAUCUUCUGUAAAAUUUGAAGCCUUUCAUGCGACGUUUUGCAAAAAAAAAAUCCAUUCCACUUUUCUCGUGUAUGUAUUAGAACUUGAAAAGCAUAAUCAAGUUAUUGCUAUUUGGAAUAAUAGUCAUUCUGAGUAAAUCUUCGCUGCUUUGUAGGAAGAGAGAUACUGAGAAAAAGUGCCACCUCUACAGAUUUGUCAGCAUGGAUUUGCAAUGCCAUGAAUCUGCUUUCAGCAAUCUUUGCUCGUCGUGUUGAUUUUCAUUUAGUGCAAUAUUGAGCUGUUAUCAUGCAACAGGCAAUAACUUCACUCAGAAAGCAUUCUGGGGGACUGAUUCAUCAAGGCCUCUAAGUUGGAAAGUAAUCUUGAAGACUGUGUGCCAAAGCUCUGAUCCAGUGAUAUCUUGCCAAACACCUUUUGUCUACUGGCCACAAUUUAUCUCUUGUCCCCUUGUAUAUUGAACAAAGAUGCUUUCUAAUCUGUUGAUUUUGACCUUAAUAGUCUACUUGAUCCUUAUUACCAAGUAUUUUCUUUUCAAGGGUUUCCCCCCACUCCCUUUAAUUGGUGUGUUUAUGAAUGGGAUUCAUACCAAUUUGCAGGACUGUCUACUAUAUGCAAGCGCUCUGAGAAUCAGGCUUCCUUUUUAGACAUAGUGUAGCUUGUCACCAUCUUAUCAUUUGUUAGACCUGGGUGAUGAGCUUGAGGAGUAAAGUCUCCAUACUCCAGAAUAUUUUGAGAAGACAGUGAAGUUUAAAAGAGAAAGCAGUUAUGUGACUUCCUUCGCUGACUUGUUUUUCCCCCCCAAUAGAAAAUGUUGGAUGCAAUGUUUGAAGAAAUGGGUGCAGUCCAAAAGCAGCUGCUGCCUUAUUUUACAAGCUCUGUAAUGUAAAAGAGUUGGAAGCACAGCAGUUUAUGGAGUAGCUUUCAAUAUUUGCUUUAGCCCAAAUGCUGUUUCUGAGCAGGUUUCUUAGUAUGAGCUCUGUUUGGAUUGGAAAAUAUGUUUCUUUCUCCCCUCUUCUGCAUGGAUUCUCCUUUCUGUCUCCUUUGGGAUGUGAUUAUUGUAGCUUGCAGUGACAUCUGAAUCAGAAAACUAUGGGUUAUUGCUUGCUUGCAAGCUAUGGGUUGCAAACCUACUUCAGUCCAUAGUUUCAGAUCGUUGCUUAGAGGGUCUUGCUGUCCAUUCUUUUCCUAAUUAUUCAUACCAAUGAAACAAGAAACCAGGACCACUUCCAGACAACUGCAGUUGGGAUUCAGUUGCAUGUCAGCAAAUUUAGGCUACACCUUUAAUGUGGAUUUGGCACUCCUGAACAAUAAAUCUACUUCCCCCACUCCAAAUGAUUUUCUUUCGAAAGGAUGUGAUUGGAAAAUGCACUGUAAAUUGUAGCAUAACAGAUGUUUGACAUGAUGUAAUGUAACCUCCCCCCCCAAAAAAAAUACAGAAUGCUUGACAACAGUGCACACCAUAUAACUUGCCCACAAACUUUGUGCAAACAAAUGAGGUAGAAUGCCCAAUAAGUCACUUGUCUGGAAGUGACCUAGGAAAUGGAAGUGCAACCAGUGCACAAGAUAGAAGGAGGGCUACAGAAAUCCAUAGCAUGUUCUUCAUUCUCUGGGACUUAAUCAGGGGAUGAGGAACCUCAGGCCUGGGAAGCAAAUGUACCUUAUCUGUGGGACUCUUCUCAAGUCACAUCAGCCCGCUUUAUACCUAUUUAGUGUUUUUGCCAGGAUAUAAUGUGCCCUUAAGCUCUGAUCGUGCAUCUUGCUUUCCUAGAUGAAAGAUACGGAGAGAUAUGUGAGCAAAUUGUUGUUCCACUUUUGCUUCUGUCAUCACCCACCACUGGCAUGCGGCCCCCAGAAGAUUGUCUAGAAAGUCAUGUGGCCCUUUGGCUGAAGAAGGUUCCCCAGUCCAGAUUAAUCAUUCAUGUUUCAACCAGAUUAGGGAUAUAUAGGCAGCAAUUUUAAUAACUGAGACAGGUGGCCUACACCCAUGGGGACCUGAUUCACACAUUGUAUUUGCCCAUGUGUGCCCAAAGUGAUGUAGGACUGCAGAAAGUAGGGUGAACCAAUGGUUUGUUUUCAUGUUUUGCCAUACAGUAGGAAGCCAUCCCUUUUUGCCUGUCUCUUUCUUUGUCCUCCAGUGAAUUAGCAUCUGGAGACGCUCCAGCUCUAACUGCACUCUGUAGUAAAUUGAGUCAAGGGUGGGAUAGGAUAAUUCCUGUUGGAAGGACAAAAGCUUGAACACAUUGCAUCGGAAAGAACAGUGGUGGUCUAUUGAAGUUGUAGUCCAUAUAUUGAGCUUGAACAGAUGCAUAUUUUUAAGUUUCUUGCAUGCAUUUUAGAAACUUUGGACUAUGUUGUGGAUGUUGUUUUUCAGUUGCUCACUUUUACAAGUGGGAUAAAAAAUUGCUUUCCUUAAAAACGUGGCUGUUUUAGGACAUGUAAAUAUAACUCGCACGGAGUCAGCACUGGGAAAAUAGUGCUUCUAAAUUGGAAUGCAAGUCCCCACUUCUCUCUGUGUUGAAUGGUGUGCAAUGGUACAAGAUCUUGAGUUCAUGAGUCCCCUUAACACCUUCACUCUCCUUCCCUGGAAUGUGGCUUCUUCCAAACACAGUAUGGGAGGGUGGGAACAAAUAUUCUUACGCGAAUCACCAUAACUUGGCAGUCUUGGGGGUAUGACAGCAGGGAAUAUCACAGCCAAUUUCAGGAAGCAAUUUUGACAUUUCCUUUUUAUUGUCAUUUCUACAACCACUAAGGCAACGGAACAUCUUAAAUUGUCAUAUUGACUCAUGCCAUAGUAUUGCAAUAAAGCAAUUCCAAACAGCCUGCAAAUUUAGAAUUGUUUGUGUUUUUUUUUUUUUUUAAAAAAAGAAUUCGCAAACCCAUAGAAUUCCUGCAAAAACAGCACCUGUGAAUGUUGGGUUAAUGUAUUCAUAGAAUAUUGAGACUUUUCCAGUAAGAGGCAAUGGCUAGUAUUUGGUACCAUCAUAUUAUAAUGGAAUUCUCUGUCUUAGGGUACAGCUACGAUUGUGUCUUAAAUGAAUUUAACUGCCAAUUAGAUAAAUUCACGGAAGGCAGACCUAUCCAUGCCUGUUAGCUACAGUUGCUAAAAUGGAACCUCCAGUUGAUCUCUUUAGUAUCAGUGGCUCAGAUCCGAAGUUGGGCAGGAUAGCUGCCUACACUUGCUGGAAGCUUCCAACCAAUCACUAUUUGGAAACUAGCUGCUAGAAGAGGUCUUAUGUUCAUAUCAAAGGUCAAAGUAAGUACAAGCUUUCAUCCGUGCUGUGAGCCGAACCCUGCUGCUGCUGCUGCUGCUGCUGCUGCUGCUGCUUCUAGGAUUCAGUUUUGUUCAGUCACAGCCAUUGUGCCCAGUUUUGAUCUUGGUCCUACUGUGAAUCCCAGUUCAGGACAACUUUAUCAUGUGUUCUGGGAAGAAAAUGUUCAAUUCUGAAUGUUAGUGUGCCAUUUAUUAUCCCUGGACUGCUUUGCAGGUUCAGGUAGCAAGCAAUGAUUCCAGGAGAUAUGGUGAAAAAUCUAUAACAAGCAUUAUUGCUAGCUUGUUAAAGAAAAAAAUAUUGUGUAGUUCAAGCUGCCUUGAUGGCAAUCUUAGGGCACAAUAAUCCAGCAAGAGGCUAAUUCUCAUUGAGGUAUACCCCUUUAGGUGAUACAUUGUUGUCCCAUUCUAAAAUGGUAGUACUACUACUACAGUGGUACCUUGGUUUUCAAACAUAAUCAAUUCUGGAAGACUGUUCGAGGUCAGAAAUGUUUGAAAACCAAGGACUGACAGCUAUCUUGCACUCAACAGAAGCCGCGUAGCAUGUUCAACUUCCGAGAUUUGUUUGAAAACCGAAAUGUUCGACUUCCAAGAUGUUUGAAAACCAAGGUACUACUGUACUACUAUAUAAUUCAUUGUGACUAUAGGCCAUAACUACAUCAUGCAAAAAGAAAAUUCCCUGUUUACAUGGAGGGUGUGGUUUGUUUGUAUGGAACGACAUUCAGUCAUGCAUGGCACACCUGCAUCUUGAAAAAGUAGGCAGCCCCAGAUGUAGAUUCAGCAGCACCGUGAGAACUAAGCCAACAUCUCCUUUAUAAGCAUUUGCCUUUAAACUGCUUUUUGAGACUUGGUAAAAUUGAAUUCUUGUGCUUUAUAUUUAAAACUUGAGAUAAUGUACCCUUUCCUCAAGUAAGGGCUUUCUUGUUUUUAUUAAUAAUAAUCAGGCUUAUCAUUUUUAACUAUCUUGGGGUUGUUUUUUAAGGGUUUUUUUUUUUUUAAUUAAUGACUGCCUUUCCUGUUUUUAAUGGGGUUUUUAAAAAAACCUUUCUGUCCCCUUCUGUGAUCAUUCUGGGUCCUGGAUUAGGAAAUCAAAUCACAGGAUGCUCUGGUUCUCUCUUAAUAUAUAUAUUUUUCACAAUUGCUGAUUUCUUUGAAGGGUAUUUUGUCUUUCUGCUAAGUUAGUCUUAAUAAUGGUAAUCAACACACAGCAAUGAAAAUCGAUUUCAAAAAAAUCUGUAGUAACAGAUGUACUUCUGCAUCUUUCCGUUCACUCUGUUUUGUGUUACAGUAGUAUGAAUUUCAUAAUAAAGAUUUCUACCUGACACACACAUACACAAGCUUUACUGGUGUCUUGUUUAUUUGUAAUAUCUAACAUGCUUCCAUGUUAGAGAGACUGUGGCCUUCAGCUUUUCCCUUUCCCUUUGCUCCAGCCUACAACAGGGGAUCCCAGUUCUACUGUGUUCUCUUAUAUUUAAUCAUAUAUUCUAAAAGCAAACAGAAAUGAAGCCCAAAUGGGCCACUGAAAAACAAGAGGAAAAUAUUGGCAAGUACUGAAAAACCCUGAGAUCUGCUAAAGUAUCCACCAAAAGAGUCACAAAAUCUUGGCUGAUGGAGGGGUAGAUGAUGUUGGGAGAAGAAUGGCUUGCAGUAGCUCUGCACAAGAGAGUUUUGGUUUAGGAAGUGAUGAUGAACAGCAGCAUUUUGGUCCAAACUACAUGUGACAUUAGGGACGCGGGUGGCGCUGUGGGUUAAACCACAGAGCCUGGGACUUGCUGAUCAGAAGGUCGGCAGUUCGAAUCCCCGCGAUGGGGUGAGCUCCCGUUGCUC